AACUAACCGGUCUUUAAACAUAAUUGGUUGUUUAAAGUUGUACCGGCGUUUGUAUAUAUUUCAGAAAUUAAAAAUUGGAGUUAGUAGGUGAAUUUUAACUUAAACUCACAUUUUCUGCUCGUGCCAGGCUGAUAGUCACGUGAGCAGCAGACACUAUAAAGCCGGAGGAGGACUCGCUCUGCCAGUUGAUCUUCGUUUGAGAAGUCGAAGAUUAUCUUCCUCAGCGGUCUGAAGGGUUCCAUUUGUGUGGUUGGCCCGUCCAAAGGAAAUUUGUCUUCCACAUGGCCUCCAUUAAAUUCGGAACCAGUACUAGUCCAUGCAAAGUGCCCUCUGAGGAGAGGGAAGAAGAGGUUGAAGAUUAUGAUAGCAGGGCAAACUGUGAUCCAGACAAACUUCUACAGUGUCCUUUUGACAAAAACCACAAAAUCCGCUCCUGCCGCUUCCCAUAUCACCUGAUUAAGUGCAGGAAGAAUCACCCAAAACUGGCCAGUGAACUGAAAACCUGCCCAUUUAAUGCUCGCCACCUGGUUCCCAAGCACGAGCUUGCUCACCACACAGAGACCUGCGAGGAUAGAAUAUCUGUGGACACUGAAGAUGCUGGAAGCAGAAAUGGACAUGUUGGCUGGGAUGUUCCAGUCAACACUUGGGUCAACCCAAACAUGACUGAAGACUGGGAUAAGGAGUCAGAUAAUGUUCAAACUCCAUUUGUGUGGGGUGUAAGCUCCAAAUUGAACCAAAUACUGGCUGCCAGACCCAGUAACAAUCUUGGCCCUAAUUUUAGAGCUCCCAGUACGCUGCCAUGGCCCAAUUAUGAGCUGUGAGCUCUUAAACUAUUCAUAUGCAUGGAGUUAUUUUUUUUUUAUUUAUUUUUUUUUUUUUUGCAUGUUUAGAUCAGUUUGAAUGUUGAUAAACUAUCUGAAACCUCUCAUGGCUUGUAGUUGUGUGGAUCUCAUUUAGUGUAGAGGAUGUUUUUACAAAUGUAACCUGUAAUUGAGCAAUCUUGUUUUUUUUUUCAUAAGUCUUAUUGUUUUUAAUGUUGUGACUUUGCUGUGUUAGAUUUUUGGAGUAAAAGUUUCCUUUGUUAAAUAAUUGUGUGGUUUAGUUAUCUUUAAAUGUGCUAACUUUUUUUGUAGCACUAAAAAAGUUGCACCACAUGUAAAAUCUUUUAAUAGAAGUUCCCAUAAUCUUGUCUGGAGCACAGUAGUUAAGGAUUGUUACUUGAAUAUGGUAAUUUAAGUUUACCCCCCAUUACGGGUUAAGAUGGGGCUAGUUUGAGAUGUAGACUGAGGUUUACUUUAGGAUUGCAGCAUAGGCUCGGUAGUUGAGUCUUUUUUCUCCACUGAUAAUUGAAUAAAUUUCUGAGCAUUUGAA